ACAUGGAUAUCCUCAUGGCUGAGGAUUUCAGCGUGACCGGUGACACCAUUCAUGAUACAACACUCGAAAGACUAGACGACGGCAAAAGCCAAGGACUCAACCAGAGUGACCCCCUGGACAUGUUUAUCGGCAUGGAGCUUCUUCUCCGCUUCAAGUCUCUUUUCCUGCCUCUCUACUGCCUCAUAGUGGUGGUGGCUGGCGUCGGGAACUCCUUCUUGUUGGCUUGCAUCCUAGCUGACAAGAAACUCCACAACGCCACCAACUUUUUCAUCGGUAACUUAGCAGCCGGAGACCUGCUGAUGUGUUUGAGUUGUGUCCCACUGACUGUGUCUUACGCCUUCGAUAGCCAUGGCUGGGCUUUUGGGAGACCCCUCUGCCACCUGGUCCCCUUGCUGCAGUGUGCCACAGUGUUUGCGUCAGUGCUUUCACUCACUGCCAUUGCUGUGGACCGCUACGUUGUUGUAGCUCACCCUGUGCGGAGGAGGAUCUCUGUGUGGGGUUGUGGUGCAGUGACUCUGGGUGUCUGGCUUUUAUCUCUGGCCCUGGCUGCACCUCCAUCUCUCUACACACACUAUCUGGACCUGCGGCCCAGUGGCGUCGACCUGGUAGUGUGUGAGGAAUUCUGGCCUGAUAGUGGCAAUCUGCGGCUACUCUACUCCUGCUUCAUUCUCAUAGCCUCCUAUAUGAUACCGCUGCUGUCAGUCAGCAUAUCCUACUGUGCCAUCACUGUCAGCCUAAAACGCUAUUCAGUACCUGGGGAGCCAUCCAACAGCCAGCAGCACUGGAGCCAAAGGAGGAAGAGGACUUUCUCCCUGCUGGUGGCGUCAGUGCUGGCCUUCGCCCUCUGUUGGCUGCCCCUGCAGGUGCUGAACCUGUUGCUGGACCUGGACCCAGACUUCCGCAUUAUAGGCAAGCGCUACGUAAACGUCCUACAAGUCUGCUGUCAUUUAGUGGCUAUGAGCUCUACGUGUUACAACCCCUUCAUCUAUGCCUCACUGCACAGCAAGGUCCGCAUGCACCUGAAAGGCUACCUCUGUCCUUGUCGUAAUCGCCAGCGAGGGAUGGUAGAGAGACCGCCAUCCAGGAGCUGAUUUCAGACUGCGCCUGCCUGACAUGCAGGGCCCUGUAUUUAUUUGCCCACAAGCUAACACGUGCACCCCUUACACCGAUGUUAUGUCUGAGGUGUCCAGGAGAAAGUAAGACAACUGCUCAACAUCCAUUUCAACCAGAUCCACGUAUUUCCAGCAUUUUGUGACUUAAAGACAGGUCUUCUUUUGUACAGUGUCACCAGAGGCAGUGUUAGACAGGGCACCUUACAACAAAGUGACAAAUAAGCAGACCAGGCUGUAGUAGUAGUUUAGUAUGAUGAUCAGGAAGAUUAAGCCAUCCAUUGGGAUCCCUGUGUUUUUCUUGGAUGGCCUAUCAGCUGGCACAGACACUAAGCAGAUCCUGCAGCUUUGAAAAGGCCAACAUCGGCAUAAACAGACCCUCAGGCUGAGGGGUUCUGUAGCAGACUUAUGCAGGAGUCUGAGACCAGGGUUGGCUACACUGGUUAUAGGGCCUGGUUAUACUUAAACAGCAAUUGCUUCACUUUGGGGAGCUGA